UUCUCCGGUCACGCCUUUCUUCUUUAUCUCUCUAUCUUUCUACUUUGCAUUUUGAUUGAUUUUCGAAGAGUGAGAGAGAGAGAGAACGGAACCGAGAGAAACAAUUUGCAUUUCGGAUUUGUGUUCUGGAUUUACGAGAAACGCCUUCAAUGGAAGAUGUUCAGAUCGGCUCUACUGUUUCUGUUCCGGUGGAUUCAAUAAUGACCUCAUCUGAUUCACCGGAGAUUUCUACUUCCCAGUUCGUUAUUGAUGAAAAAGAGAAAUUAGAGAUUGGAGAUACCUCUGUGGAUCAGUGUGGAGAUUCUAUGGCGGAUUCAAUGGUGUGUGACCCUAAUUCAAGGCUCGUGCCCACUGGUUUCACAAGAGCUAAUCGCCCAGAUGAGAUCAUCAUGUUCAUAAAUGCUGGAGGAGUUGAUUCAAAGGAAUUAGAUUCUGAAUUGAAUAUCCUCAGAGACACCUAUUUCGAAGGAGGGGAUGUGCUGAGAACUGCUGAGUUUAUAGCUGAAGCUGGAGAUUACCCAUUCAUUUACCAGUCAGCUCGUGUAGGGAACUUUUGUUACCGGUUAGACAAUCUUCCUCCAGGAGAAUACUUCAUCGAUUUUCAUUUCUCAGAGAUUAUUAAUACCAAUGGACCUAAAGGGAUAAGGGUGUUCAAUGUCUAUGUUCAAGAUGAGAAGGUCUUAUCUGAAUUCGAUAUCUUCUCGGUGGUUGGCGCAAACAGGCCACUCUUGUUGGUUGACGUAAGGGUCAUGGUAAUGGAUGAUAGAUUGGUUAGAGUGAGGUUCGAAGGAAUAAAUGGAAGUCCAGUGGUUAGUGGGAUUUGUCUGAGGAAAGCACCACAGGUUUCAGUUCUGAAGACAUCACAAGAUUACAUUAAGUGUGAGAAUUGUGCUGCUGAAAUAGAGAUUUCUGCAAAUCAGAAGAGGCUUAUGCGAGCCAAAGCUCAUGAAAAGUAUGAGAAGAAGAUAGCAGAACUUUCUGAACGAUGCCAACAUAAGACAAACGAGUGCCACGAAGCAUGGAUGUCACUGACCUCUGCUAAUGAGCAACUAGAGAAAGUGAUGAUGGAACUUGACAAUAAGAUGUUCGAGGCACGAUCUCUAGACCAAACUGUGGCAGCGCAAGCUGAUUCUUUGAAGAGUGUCACCAGCAAAUAUGAGAAUGACAAGAGACAUUGGGCAUCUGCAAUUGCUACUCUACAGGAGAAAAUAGAGAUAAUGAAAAGGGAACAAUCUCAGCUAUCUCAGGACGCACAUGAAUGCGUUGAAUCAAUUCCUGAAUUGUACAAAAUGGUUGAUGGAGUUCAGGCACUUGUUUCACAGUGUGAGGAUCUCAAGCAGAAGUACAGUGAAGAGCAAGCGAAGCGGAAGGAGCUAUAUAACUAUAUUCAGGAGACAAAAGGCAAUAUUAGGGUCUUUUGUCGUUGCCGCCCUUUGAAUAAGGAAGAGACGUCAACAAGGUGUGCCACAACUGUUGACUUUGAAGGAGCAAAAGAUGGAGAGCUUGGUGUCAUUACAGGGAAUAAUUCUAAGAAAAGUUUCAAGUUUGACAGAGUUUAUACACCAAAAGAUGGUCAAGUUGAUGUCUUUGCGGAUGCUUCUCCAAUGGUUGUUUCAGUCCUAGACGGCUACAAUGUGUGUAUCUUUGCAUACGGGCAAACAGGAACAGGAAAGACGUUUACAAUGGAAGGUACUCCACAGAACAGAGGUGUCAACUAUAGAACCGUAGAGCAAUUAUUUGAAGUUGCUAGAGAAAGGAGAGAGACAAUUUCAUAUGAUAUAUCGGUUAGUGUCCUUGAGGUCUACAAUGAACAGAUAAGAGACUUGUUGGCAACCUCACCAGCCUCAAAGAAGUUGGAGAUAAAACAAUCUGCUGAGGGAUGCCAUCAUGUUCCUGGAUUAGUAGAAGCAAAAGUGGAAAACAUAAAUGAAGUGUGGAAUGUGCUUCAAGCUGGAAGCAAUGCAAGAGCUGUUGGAUCCAAUAAUGUGAAUGAACAUAGUAGCCGAUCUCACUGCAUGCUCUCUAUUAUGGUGAAAGCUAAGAAUCUGAUGAAUGGUGAUUGCACAAAAAGCAAGCUUUGGCUAGUAGAUUUAGCGGGAAGUGAGAGGUUGGCAAAGACUGACGUGCAAGGUGAGCGUCUGAAGGAAGCACAGAACAUCAACAGAUCGCUUUCAGCUCUUGGGGAUGUGAUUUAUGCUUUGGCAACAAAGAGUAGUCACAUUCCAUACAGGAACUCAAAAUUAACACACUUGCUUCAAGAUUCACUGGGAGGUGACUCAAAGACUCUGAUGUUUGUGCAAAUCAGUCCCUCUGAGCAUGAUGUGAGUGAGACUCUAAGUUCACUUAACUUUGCAACUCGUGUAAGAGGGGUUGAGUUGGGUCCUGCGAGAAAGCAAGUUGAUACCGGUGAGAUUCAGAAGCUGAAAGGAAUGGUGGACAAAGCACGACAAGAUAGUCGAUCUAAAGAUGAGGUUAUAAAGAAACUUGAAGAGGACAUACAGAACUUGGAGGGUAAGAACAAAGGACGAGACCACUCAUACAGAAGUCUUCAGGAAAAGUACAAAGAACUUGAAAGCCAACUUGAGUCAAUGCAUAACCAAUCGGAAAAGCAAAACGCACAUCUGCUAGAAAAAUUAAGGAGCAGAGAUGAGACUUGUAGCAAUCUCCAACACAAGGUUAAGGAACUUGAGAAUAAGUUGAAAGAAUCUGAAGGAGCCAACUCGCUUAUGUUGCAACAAAAGAUUAAAGGUUUUGAGAAUAAGUUGAAAGAAUCUGAAGCGAACUCUCUUGUGUGGCAACAGAAGAUGAAAGAGUUGGAGAGGAAGCAUAAAGAAGAGCAAAGCCAAGAAGCAGUGUUACUACGACAUAAGAUUAAAGAACUUGAAGUGAGGCUAAAGGAGCAAGAUCUGCAUAUACAACAAAUGGCAGCAACUAGAGAAUUCCCCGAUGUUGCAAACGCUACUCCUAACGAAGUGAAAACUUGCUUCAAAGACGAUAACUUUGGCAAUGAGAACGCGGAAUCCAACAACAACAACAUCUUAAGAACAUCAAACCGUCUCAAGACAAGUACGAGGAGAAACGAUUCUUUAAAUCUCAAUGAGAUGACUAGGAAGAAGAGGAUCUCGAGAAGCGGCGAAACAGAGAACAAUAAUGAUGAUCCACAUAUGAAGGAGAAACGGAUCAGGAAAUCAGACCCACCAAAAGUUGUUGCCAGGUUAACCAGACCAACAAGACCAGCCUCUGGUUCGUCGAACCAAGUACCUGUGGCUCAGAAGAAGGUUAUUAAGAGAGAACAACAAGCUCCGGUUGGGAAAGAGAGAGACUCCACGAAGAAGAUUUGGUCAAGAUAGUUAGAUAUAUCUAAAAAGCAUAGAGAAACUCUAAAUCUCUUGUGAUUUCUCUCUCUAUAUGUUACAUGGUUACAUUUUGGUAACGGUAAUGUAACAAUUACAUUGAUGGGUUCUUCAGACUUUUAUGAAACAA